AUGGAUCGGAUGGAAUACUACUUAUGCAUACAAUUGUCUGCGAAUGAGAGUCCACAAGAGACCCAGCGUGUCAUCGUCUCCGUUUCCAGUGAGGAGGGAAGCGAAACGGGUGCUUCUGGUCGUGGGCUUCCUGUGGGCUUGGCCAUGUCCACCAUCGACCUUGGCUUUUUUUUUGCUCUCGGUGACCAAGGGGACACGUAUACGAUUAGCAUCUUUUCGCAAUCGUGA